AUGCGGACUACCCUCUUGUUAUUGGCUACUCUUACGAUAAUUCAUCUACUGCCAACAGACGGUGAAGCCUGUGCUAAUUGGGACACCUUGAGCUAUAUUGAGGAAUGUCUGCCGGGAAACAAGACGUUGUGUGCCAAAAUUGAGCAGUAUACUGAAGGCAAGAAACGAGUUGUUCGCAAAUGCAGUGAAGCCAACACAGAACUGGGCUGUAUUCGUCGUAUCUGCUCGGACAAUAGACAGGUUCGUCAUUGUCACUGUCGUGAACCCCUCUGCAAUCCAGCAACCCGAGGUCAAGUCACCCUCGGUCCACUUGCCUUCCUAACGGUCUUCCUGUUGGCACAAUUCUGA